AUGGCAUUGAGGAGGAUGUUUUCAGGUCCAUGGAGGGUCCAGUUCCUGUUGGUUUUGCUUUCCAGUAGAGCCGUCCCUCAUGCCACCUUUGGCUGGGCUCCACAGUCGUUGUUCCUGACAGCCAAAUCUUCCACAUCUCGUGCCACAAGAGUCGUGCAAUUGCUGGCGAAACGAAAUCGAAAGCGGCAAGACCAAGACGACCUGGAUCGAUGGUACGAAGAUGUAGACGACAAUGCGUCUCCCGAAGACGUCUUUUGGCAAGAAAUGGAACGCCAGCGGCUCAUGAAUCAACUUCCCGGCGACAACAACAAUGACAAUAAUAUUAAUAAUCCUCCCGUGGAAGCCCCCGAAGGAACACGGCUAUUGGGCUCUGCUACCACCAUGUAUGCCAAUGCCGUCAAGACUGCCGCGGGCAACAGCAUGGGCCGCAUGGCGGGAAUGGGUGGUAUGCCCGGCAGUAGCGGUCGCACCAUGAUGGACGAGGCUGCGGAUGGGACACCCGUGAUGGAUCGAAAAGCUGCCGAAGCGACGCUCCAGGAAUUCACGGCCUUUUCCGUCAAGGAAAAUUGGCUCGACGAUGAUCUAGUGGCUUUAAUGGAAGGUAUGAAAGACGACGACAAUACACUCAAUGAUGACGGGAUUCCUCUGGAAGACCAACUCAAGGAAUGGGAACAACAAGACGACGACAAUACCUUUUCGUGGGUGCAAAAUGAUGAACCAUGGGAUCACUGGGGUGACGAACAAAACAUGGAUCCCGAUGAAGAAGCCAAUGACGAAAUCAAAUCCAGACUCCAGGAAUUGAUUGGUGACGACUCCGAGUAUAGUUUGGAAGAAAAUGAAGAAGAUAAGGAAAAGGCAGAAGAGGAAUUUCAGCAGAGAAUCAAGGGCGUCACCAUCCAAAGCACUAGGCUGGAAAAAGCACGGAACAGCCCGGUGGCAAAGGAUUACUUUACCUCCCUGGAACCCAAUGCUAUUGAAGGAUACGAUCAAAUGUGGGUCAGUGCCAUUGAUAAUGCCUGCUUCAACAAUCUGAUGGGUACCUUUCGAAACUACGGAGUCCAGUUUGCCGACAACUUUGGGGACUGGCAAGAUGGUCGCGUGGAAGACUGCAUUGAAUACACCAUUGAGGAUAUUGCCUCGUACAAAGCCCGACAAGUCUACGAGGUGACGGGACUGCCCUGCAUUGCCUCUCGUACGUCCUUUGAAAUUGAACCGAUCCCACCCAAACAACAACAAUACGGUCGACCAGACGAUAAUCCCCGAGUCUCGUCUGGCUAUCGGUUCAACGAUAUUGGAUCGCAUGUCGACUACAUGUGCGAAGCACUCAAACUAUUCUCCGAACCCACCCGAGUCACCCGAUUUCGAUCCUGUCUGUGUUACUACGAUGGAGACAUGGAGUUGUUUGACUAUGGAGUCGCGGACGUGGACAUUUACUUUGCCAAUUCCAUGCGCACAUUUAUACCAAUGGCGCAGGCCAUUAACGAAAUCAUGAAGAAACUACAAUUGACAUUUGGAUUGGAAUAUCAAAAGUGGCUGCGGCAACGAGUGGAUGAUGCCCUGGGAGCCUAUGGAAAAGCCAGCCUCAAGCUUCGUGAUCGAGUGUUGAAGGAAGCCAAGGUACUCCCCAAUGACAUUAUUGAUGUUUCUGCAUUCAUGGAUAGCAAGGUGGAUGUGAACCUGAUGGAUGACUGUGCACAGGAGUUGUCCAAGCGGUUUGUGGACUUGCGACCUUCCAAGAUACUGACAGUGGCAACCACAGGGUUGGUGAUUGCUUUGCCAAUGGCCAAGUAUCUACAAGUUCCCGUGGUUUAUGCACGAAAAGAGCGCAGCGUGGUCAUGGCCAACACGUUCCAGGCCGGAUACUCGAGCAAAACAGUCGGGAAGAACCGGGAGCUUUUGGUUUCGGCUGAUCAUAUUGACGAAGGCGAACGCAUUCUUAUUGUGGAUGAUUUUCUCUCGAGUGGUGCGUCCCAAGAAGCUCUGCUGCGGAUUGUCCUGGAAGCAGGGGCCGAAGCUGUGGGUGUGGGCGUGCUCUUGGAAAAGGUCUACGACAGCGGACGUCAGAGUUUGUCAGGCUUCGGGAUACCAGUGCAAAGUUUAUGCCGUGUGGCUUCUGUGAAGGAAGGAGUUAUACAGCUUGUAGAAGAAGAUGGUUAUGAACAAAUGUAAAUCUGCUUUAGCUAACUGCACAUUGGAAGAUGGUGGUAGCCCAAAGAUGCAACGUA